AUGCAUCUGUCCAAUGUAGUCCCUCGCCCUGCUCAUCUAACCUCCGGGGGAUCCAACAUGGCGACUCCUCAUCCAAAAGUAGUCGACAGGGACGAAUAUCAGAAACUGAAUAACAUUCUGUCGUUACUAUUCCCCUCUACGGUCCAUGUGCAACAGUCGCAAAAUAUCAAUGCUCGAGUUCAUACGCUCCGCCUUCUCACCCUCUCGAAUGGUGGCCGACUGCUUCUAAAGGGCUCUCCUCUGCCAGGAACCCCACUCCUACGACACGAACGAUUUUUCCUUGAGACCGAAGCCCGUUUCCUAGUACUCCUGGGCCAAAGUGCCAAUCCUUGCAUUCCGCAACUCUAUCAUUAUGAUCCGCGAGGAGGUCUUCUCGGUUCCGCCUAUCUAAUUCGACAGUAUAUAAAAGGAAGAAGCCUGACAGAGAUGAAACAUGAAAUCAACCCCCAGCAAGAAAUCGAUAUCGACCGCCAUCUAGGAUUCCUUGCUAGCACCAUCGGUCAGAAUGUGGCUCCCGGUUUCGGCUCUUUGCAACAAGUCGCCAUAGGUGCGGGAAAGCGCUCCUGGCGAGAAGCCUUCUGUGCUCUCUUCGAAAGCGUUCUCCGUGAUGCCGAGGACAUCUUCAUCCACCUUCCCUACGCCGAAAUUCGUCACGAAGUGGCCCGUCUGUCUAGUGCACUCGCGGAGGUGACCCUGCCUCGGCUUGUGGUGGUCGGUUUUGGCCGACCAUGUCAUGUCCUGCUGGACGAGGAAUCGCAUCAACUUUCCGGUGUUGUGGACUUCAGCAGUGCUUUCUGGGGUGACAUUUUGAUGGCGGAGAUAUUCGAGAGCCCCAAUCCGGCUGUUCUGGAAGGAGCAGGGUUACCAGUGUCCAGAACCAAAGGAGAGGAGAUACGCUUGUUAAUGUACUCAUGUUAUCGACUGGUGUCACGGAUCACCUUGCAAUAUUAUCGAAAUCGCGACGAGGCGAUAGAGUUUGAUGCUCGUCGGAGAUUGCUGACCACCAUCACAGGCUUGGUUGGCCUGGAUCCGACCUGA